AUGGAUAAAAUCAUUGCUCAGUCCAAACACCUGUGUCCUUUUUUGAAGACAACAUCGACUGCUGCCUUGCGCAGUCUCGCAAACGCCAAGGGUCUUGCUGCCAAGGCCCAGGGGUGCCCCGUGAUGGCUUCUGCAAUGGAGCAGCGUCGAGCCGCGCACUCGUCCAAAGUGACUACUGCGCCGGCCACUUCUGCCGCACCCGUCCACUCGACACCCCGUGGGGGCGCUGUAGGCUCGGUGGAGUUUGAUUUGCCUCGGCCGACUGCCCUUGAUGCCGAGCAUGUGACCGAGAAGGACCCCGCCACGGACUAUGAGUCGGUGUACAAGGAGGAGCUUGAUCGCAAGCGCAAGGACAAGUCGUACAGGUUUUUUAACAACAUCAAUCGACUGGCCAAGGAGUUCCCCCGCGCGCACUCCACCUCGGAGGCUGAAAAAGUCACCGUGUGGUGCGCCAACGACUACCUGGGUAUGGGUUCGCAUCCAGAAGUGCUGAGAGCUGCCCACGAGACCCUCGACAAGUACGGAACAGGCGCCGGUGGUACGCGCAAUAUUGCCGGCCACAACAGGCAUGCAAUCAAGCUUGAAGAAACUGCGGCAAAGUUACACGGAAAAGAGGCUGCCCUGGUUUUUUCCUCGUGCUAUGUGGCUAAUGACGCUACACUGACGCUGCUUGGCCAGCGGUUCAAAGACCUCAUCUAUUUUUCGGACGAAAUGAACCAUGCCUCCAUGAUUCAGGGUAUCAAACACUCGGGUGCUCGCAAAGUUAUCUGGAAGCACAAUGAUCUGGCCGAUCUCGAAGCCAAGCUCGCGGCCGUUCCCAAAUCCACUCCCAAAGUCAUUGCAUUUGAGAGUGUGUACUCCAUGUGCGGCUCAAUUGCCCCAAUCGAGGCUAUUUGUGAUCUGGCCGACAAGUACGGUGCCCUUACUUUCUUGGACGAAGUCCAUGCCGUGGGCAUGUACGGCCCCCAUGGUGCAGGAGUUGCUGAACACCUGGACUAUGAUUAUUAUGCCAGCAAUGGCACUCUUCCUCUUAGUGGCCGUCGGACCGUUAUGGACCGUAUUGACAUCAUUACCGCCACUCUCGGCAAAGCUUAUGGUAGUGUUGGCGGUUAUGUGGCUGGCAGUGUCAACUUUAUCGACUGGAUUCGCUCGUAUGCCCCCGGGUUUAUUUUCACCACCAGCUUACCUCCCAGCGUGAUGGCUGCCUCAACGGCGGCUAUCCAGGUCCAGAGUGCGUCCAAUGCCAGCCGUCGUGCUCAGCAACAUAAUACCCGGGCUUUGAAGCAGCGUCUUGCCGAGCGCGGCAUCCCCGUUAUUCCUAAUCCCAGUCACAUCGUGCCUGUUCUUGUUGGCAGUGCUGACUUGGCCAAGCAGGCUUCGGAUAUGCUGUUGAAAGAUCAUGGCAUCUAUGUGCAAGCUAUCAAUUACCCCACAGUUAGAAUUGGAGAGGAGCGUCUGCGUAUCACUCCCACCCCUGGCCACUCUGAGGAGCUGGCCACUGAGUUGGUGGAAGCUCUUGAAGACGUCUUUACUCGUCUUAGCCUCAAGCGUGUUGCAGACUGGAAAGCCCAAGGCGGCCAUUGUGGUGUUGGUACAGAUACCAACGUCAAACCGAUUUGGACAGAUACUCAACUGGCUUCCUGA